CAUCGCUUCGGUGCAGGGAUUCGGCGGGUGCUUCCCUUUCUCUCCUCCCCCACCUUUGCCUGCGCCCGUCGACGUCCUCCUGCGCUAGCUCCUCCACCCGCCACGGGCUUCGCCCCCGCCGUAUUUAUCCUCUUCUCGUCGUCGCGGCCCCGCAGUUCUCGCGAUUGCUCCAGAUCGAGCCGGUUCCUGUCCCAUUCUUCCAUCCAUUGCCACUGUUUGCGUUCUUAAAGUGGAACCGGCUCUGACGAUUCUUCCUGGCAAGGUAAAUGCCUCGAAAAGUUAGUUAUGGGCUUGACUAUGAUGAUGACUAUGACACUUAUGAUGACUAUGAUUACGAGCAUGAAGUAAAAGUUGAUGGGUAUGAUGACUAUGAAGAUAAUGUUACAUCUCAGCUUGGUAAGGAUGGCAGUAAGCAUGGAAUCUGGCAAUGUCCAAUUUGUUCAUAUGACAAUGAUGAAAGUUCAUUUUGUUGUGACAUAUGUGGCGCUAUUUAUGUCUAUUCUUCCACUUAUGGCAAACAAAAAGAGUAUAUUCUUUGCCCAGUAAAUCCUGCAACCAGAGAUACGGGAGCAUCUGCAAUAUCCAAGUCUCAUGCACAAAUAUAUGUGGCACCCAGAACUAAUAAUCUUGUUGAUGAGUUUAAAAGCAGAAAACCCAAUUUGUACGAGCAAGGACAACCAGAGUAUAGAAGGGGAGAAUCCAACAGUAAAGGGAAGGAGGCUCAAGUAUUAUCUUCAGAUAAUGAAACGCUUGUGCCUUCUGUUCAUGGGUCAAAAGUAAGUAGCGACUGUGAAAGUGAGAGCAGUCAUUCCAGGGAGAAUAUGAAUCUAACAGCACCACUGAGCAGUAAUCUGAACCAGUUAAAGUUGGGUAAACAUCCCAUUCGUAACAAAAAGGUGAAUUCAAAGACCAAGUACCAACCCGAGGAAUGGAUGUUAAUGGAGAAAGAACCAGAAAUUCUGAAGCAAUUAAAUCUCGCAAUUGUUGGUCAUGUGGACUCUGGAAAAUCUACCUUAUCUGGAAGAUUGCUACAUCUUUUGGGAAAAGUCUCUAAGAAAGAAAUGCAUAAAUAUGAAAAAGAGGCUAAAGAAAAGGGAAAAGGUUCAUUUGCUUAUGCAUGGGCAAUGGAUGAGAGCCCUGAAGAGAGGGAAAGGGGAGUGACCAUGACUGUUGCUGUUGCAUACUUUGACUCCAAGAAGUAUCAUGUUGUUUUACUUGACUCUCCUGGUCACAAAGAUUUUGUACCAAAUAUGAUUUCAGGUGCGGCACAAGCUGAUGCAGCCGUUCUCGUUGUGGAUGCAUCGACUGGUUCCUUUGAGGCAGGUAUGGAUGGUUAUGGUAUUGGACAAACAAGGGAGCAUGCUCAACUGGUUAGAAGUUUUGGUGUUGAGCAAAUCAUUGUCGCUGUUAAUAAGAUGGAUGUUGUGGGGUAUUCUAAGGAAAGAUUUGAUUUUAUAAAAUCACAACUUGGUGCAUUUCUUCGUUCCUGUGGUUUCAAGGAUUCCUCUAUCAUUUGGGUUCCUCUUAGUGUAGUAGAAAACCAGAAUCUGGUUACAACCUCUGCUGAUGUUAGGUUAUCUUCCUGGUGUCAAGGGGUUUGUCUGUUAGAUGCAAUAGAUUCAUUGCAGACACCUUUGAGGGAUGUGUCAAAGUCUCUUAUUCUUCCUAUAUGUGAUGUUGUCAAGACCUCUAUGGGGCAGGUUGCAGCUUGUGGAAAAUUGGAGACUGGGGCUAUCCGUAAUGGUUCAAAGGUUCUGGUUAUGCCUAUAGGAGCGCUAGCAGCAGUGCGGUCCAUCGAGCGAGACUCAAUCAGCUGCAAUUUGGCAAGAGCUGGUGAUCAUAUAGCUGUCACCUUGCAAGCUAUCGAGACUGGCCAUGUUUUAGCUGGUGGAGUGCUCUGUCAUCCUGAUUAUCCAGUGCAAGUGGCUACUUGUUUGGAGCUAAAGAUACUUGUCUUGGACAUUCCAACACCGAUUCUAGUUGGAUCUCAGGUUGAAUUCCAUAUACAUCACGCAAAAGUGGCUGGAAGGGUGUCGAAGAUGGUAGUGUUGCUGGACCAGAAAACUGGAAAAGUCUCCAAAACAGCACCACGCAUCCUCAAGGGAAAACAAAGUGCCAUCAUAGAGGUGCGACUGGAUGGAGCUGUAUGCGCGGAGGAGUUCUCGAAAUCUAAAGCCCUCGGAAGGGCAUUCCUAAGGUCAUCAGGAACUACAAUUGCAGUCGGCAUUGUGACUCGGAUAGUCGAGCGCAAGUCGUAGGCUCGCGGCAUCAAAGCAAGGUCAUGUUCCUAGGCUACUUGUACAUUAUGGAAUGAGGCACAGCUGUGCGUUCUUAUUUAGAGUUACUACCAUGUCUAGAUUCACCUUUCUAGUGAGUGUGAUUAUGAAUUUUGUUUGGAUAUUUGUUAAAAUGCAUACAGAUAAGAAUCAAACGAUCUUAUUUCUUAAUUCA